CGACGACACACACCAGUCGACUCGCAUCGGUUGCCUCCAUGAACGGCGGAGCUAUUCUCGCGCCCACACCACACCUGGCUCCAACGUGGACACGCCCAUAGCUGGGGACACUACUAGGUCACGCAUGGCACACACACACACAACACGGAGCGAAUCCCCAAACCUCUCAGCUCAAGCGCCGUUGCAACUGCCAUGUCACGGCCGGUCGGCUGCAGCUCUCGCCUCGCUGGCGGCGCGGUCUGGUGCCGCGGCGCCCAGCUCUCCUGUGGGCUCGCGGCGGCUCGCCGCCGCGGUGCCGAACAAUGUGAUCAGUCUGGAUUCGUCCCGGCGUGCCGCCGGUGCCGCUUCCUCGCCAAUUUUUGGCUCGACCAGUUUGUCGACAAAACUGUGCCAGAGCCCCUGCUGCUCGACUGAGCGGCGGAGCCGGCCCGUCGCGGCCGAGAGGCGGUGCGCCGACACCGGGGCUACGGCUCGGGACCGUUUCCAGGCUCUCUCGAGCAACCUCAAAUUUUGAUGAUUUCAUGACCGCCACUUUGCUGCUCUCUGACCACAACCUCGCGGCCCGCUGCGCGGCUCUCCGAGCGCGAGAGGAGUCGUCUACGAGGCGGCGGCGAGCGCAGGCGGCGGCGGCGCGGCGGCGCGGCGGCGGAUCGCGGCGCAGACAACGGCAGGAAUCUGCGGCAGGCUGCUGUCUGCUGCUACAACAGCUGCUGCUGCUGCUGCUGCU